AUAAAGUUUGUCGGUCCUCGGCUGAACCCAUAGAAGAGGGCAACUUUCUUCUGAGUUGGAGCGGUUAAAAAUCGUGACUGCUUCGUCAAUCCUUUGUAGUUUCUCUUUGGGUUAUUCCAGUCCAGUAAACCGUUUCGUCCAGCUUUGUCAUGAUGCAGCUCAGCAACGACACAUGCAACAAGCACUCGCUGCUGAAUGUCAUGAACCGGUUCAUCGCCGCUGCCAACAACAUGGACGAGACCAUCAUGGUGCCAAGCUUACUGCGGGAUGUGCCUCUGGAGGACCAGGACAGCCAAGCCUCUGUUAGUCACAAUAACAACGAGCCUUCUUUCCCCAGCAAACAGAGGGACAUGUAUGAGCACUACCUGCUGCUGAAGUCCCUCAAGAAUGACAUGGAGUGGGGCCUGCUGAAGAGGGAGAUGGGUGGCAGCUUUCUAGAGAUGGCGGUGAAGCACGAAGAGCCACCGGUGAACGGCGGAGCUGCGGAGGAAGGCACUGACCUGGAGGGCCAGUUCCACUAUCACCUCCAUGGACUGUUUGCUGUUCUGUCCAAGCUCACGGUCCAGGCUGACCACCUCACUAAUCGUUACAAGAGGGAAAUUGGUGGAAGUAGCCUGUUGCGAUAGGAUUGAUUGGUUUAGAACUUAAAAUGGACUAUUCUUGAACUGUUGGACUGGGUGGCAGUGGACCUAAAGGGCUUUUGAUUCCCCUCUGCCAUCAAAAAAGGACUUCUUGCCCAAAUCGGCUGUCUUGUGGCCUGAUGUGGUGCUUUCAGGAUGUUUCCUCUUCUAGAUAUUUAAAGGGCUGUGAGAAUGAGGUUUUUUUUUAAACUGACUAUUCAGCAGUGUGCAUCUAUUCCAGUUAGACUUUUGGGUUUUGUUUUAAAUCUCUAUACGCCAGGUCAGAAAGCCCUUGACAUUGUCAUUUAUAGCUGUAGAAGAAUGUGGAUGCUGGUAAUUCAGUUCUUUCUAUUAGCCAGCCAAUGCCUUUUAUUGAGGGGAUUUUUAUGUAUUAAUGCUGCUCUUGUGCACUUGUCCAUAUGAAAUGGCGUGCCUUCGGUUUUCAUUUCCCACUUGUGCUGUUCAAGUGUGUGUGCUUGUCAUGCAUUGUAUUCAGUUGAACAGGGCCCAUAUGAGUCUGUAAUGCCACUUGUUUUUUGGUUUGUCCUAAAAGAUUUCAAGUUUUAUAUUUUGCUGUAAUAUAGUGACUUAUUAAAUAAAGCAUUAACUUAAAUGGUC